AUGUCGAAUAUUGUCUGGAAUCAAGAUGCGGACGGGGGUUUGAGCUCUUGGCGUCCCGUGCAUCAGAUGCCCGCAUCCCAUGCAUCGAAACGGACUCACACCGAUGCCGCAGGUCGCGAUCAAUAUCGUCUUCAGGAUGGGGGCUGUGCAACCGACGACGGGGGUGGUUGUAAGAUUUCGCACCACGAGUGGGAGACUUCGAGUGUCUUGGGCGGGAAGAAUUUCGUCGGCCAGCCUCGUCCUUCCGGCGGUCUCUCCCUCGUCGCGGUGACCUUCGGCCUGCUCUACCGCGACCUGGGAAACGUCCUCGGCCCCGUUUAUGAGGAAAACCUCGCUCAGAGUCGUCACCCGGCCUACUAUACGGGUGACGAGGAGGUUCUUGAUCCCGCUCGAUCGGCCUAUCAACCUCCAGAGAAUGGUGCGAGUCUAGAUCGGGAUGCUCAGUCGGUUUGGGCGAAGAGUGACGACCAAAGUUCUGGCUUGGUUGGAAGUCUGACGGUGGAGGACCAGGGGAGGCUAGAGCCGACGCAGUACCAGGGGAAAAUUCACGGUGUGAACGAUGUUCUUCGUUAUCCGCUUGCGCGAAAGAACGCGGUGGCGGCGACCGUCCUAAGUGGUCGGGUCCGCCCCCUUUGGGUCGGCGACGACGUUGUCGUUCACGGUAUCUCUCCCUCCCCCUAUCGCGGUGCGAUCCUCGAGAUCUGUGCCUUUCCCGAUCUCGUUGGUCUGUAG